AUGUCAGGGUCGCAACCUAGGGUCCACGCCACUCAGUCAAGUACAAGACAGCAACAAGAUAAAGAAGAUUGGCAACCUGCAAGUUCUCGUAAAACUAAAAGAAAAGAUAAAGAAAAACAAGUUGAACAAAAACAACAGAAAAAACAACUUCGUUUGUCUUUUAGGCAACAUAAAUCUACUGAAAAAACUACUGAUGAUAUGGAUAUUAAUCAAGAUACUUUUGCUUCUUCAUCUGAAAGCGGUGGCGCAGCAAAAUCCAAUACAGAUAAUCAAGUAACACCAGAAAAUCUAGAUGCACCAAUUGAUGGUGAAAAAAAUGAUGAAAUGAUCGUCGACAAUGGAAAAAUUGAUAAUCAAACAGAUGAUCAAUCUUUUAAUAAGGAUAAUCAGAAAAAUGGUGAUACUAAUGACAUAAUUAGUGAUAAUCAUUCAGAAAUUUUUAAUAAGGCUAAACCUAUUUUAGUUAAAAUCAAAAAAGAUUCUAUUCCAGGAAACAAUAUUAUUCAAAAAAAGUUUAAUUUGAGAAAACAACUAGCUGGAAUUAAU